CAGCGAUAAUCACGUGACCGAAUGACGUCAUGAGCUGAAAUAAAAAGAAGUAGCGUCUCGUCUCCUUAUCUGUCCAGCCUUCAGAGUGAGGGAGCUCAGAUUCCUAACUUUCCUGGUAACUUCUGGAGAACAUGAGGCACUUUAUUCUGCUGUCGGCGGUGGUGGUGAUGGUGGCAGCGAUGCCCGGUGUAAAGGAUGCAAGUUGCUCCAGCCACUGCCUUGUUGUGGAGAAGCAGACGCGCGUGUGUGGCUCUGACAACAACAUCUACAACAACUUGUGCUCAUUGGACUAUCAGAAAUGCAGCGAUGCAACACUCACUCAACUUGACAAAGCGGCCUGCAAGAAACUGCUGAGAGAGAAAAGAUGCCGGCAGACCUGUGUGCAAACCAAACCGACUCUCUUGUGUGGUGCUGACGAUAUGCUGUACAGUGAAUGUGAGCUGGAAGCCAAGCGCUGCAACGAGCGUGACUUCCAGGCUGACGACAACCUGAAGGCAUGCACAGGUAAUGAUUCACCAGACGCGAGUGAAGAAGUGUUUGCCAGGAACCUUAAAAUGACCAGCGUAGAGCAAACUGGGAUGGGCAUGAAUGGAAAAAUUCUGGAAACAAACGAUGGGCCAGUAAUAAAACCAGAAAAUUAGGAACAUGAACACCAAGAUGAACUGCAAAGUACUGAACAGUUAGCUGGGUUUGCGAGGCCAACUAGCGCUGAAGGAGGAAGCGAGUGCCACAGAUCUACAGCAAUACCACAAUUCUCGCCAAGACGGCAGUUAACUUCUUAACUCCUCUUUGUUCCUUUCUUUUCCUCAGCAGUGCAAUUGUCAAGCAAAUAAACGAUCAGUAAGCAUU